AAUAACUCGACGGUGGCCUCCAUCAAACAAGCCAUGAUCAACACCUCCAAGCUCACCUCGCUCUUCACCACCUUGAAAGUCACCUACUUGAAGUUGUGCAAGGAAUUCAACUACCUCUUGUCCAAAUUUAACGAGAACGAAAAGGUUAAGAUCGAGCUCAUUCACGAAAAUAACGAGCUCAAGCGGUUGUUGGCAGACAUUAUGAAGGAACGGGAAAAGGAUAAAAGACAG